UAGCCAAUUGGCCCAGGAUAAGGAAGUUAGCAGGAUAAAAAACCCAUUGUGGUGGGGUAGUACCUAGUGUGUCUGCAUGCUUUCCUCUGCUUAUUAAAUGAUUUGGGAAGCAAAGGACACACAUCGUCUCACUGUAAACAAUAGUCCUCUAGAGUGUUGGAAUCUUCAGAAAUUAGUAUUGAUCUCUAUUCUGCCGAGUUAGAGUGGAUAUACGUCAGGCCUAAUCUGACCCCAUUCUGCUAAGUAAAUUACUCAUCUCCUGCCUUAGCCCCUGGGCCAUGGUACAUCAGAGCGCAGCAGCUACAAUAUGAGCGUGAGUCCAUCCACCACACUAGACAGCCAGCUGACCACUACCUGGGGCACUACGAACUCCCACCCUGAUGUUCCAACGGUGAUGUCUGGUUACACAAGUCGUCUGUGGCCUUGUGACUCUGAGCCUCAGUUCUGGAAUAAGUACCAGGUAUGGGAGUGGCUGCAGCAGGUCAUGGACAUGCACCAGAUGGAUGUCUCCAGCAUUCCCUUCCAAAACUUUGAUAUGGACGGCCAUCAACUCUGCAGCCUGAGCUACCAGGACUUCCUCCGAGCUGCCGGCAGCAUGGGACCCAUUCUGUUCCACAGCAUCACAGAGCUCAAAUGGAGCGGGCAGUACCAUAUGGAACUAGGGCAACUGGAACUAAAACCAGAAUUAGAUUUCUCUUGUACAUUGCCAGACGUCAGCUAUCCACCUGGAGAAAUCUACAAUCCCUUGAAUCACCCCCUCACCCCUGCCUCCCCCAACCCUUCCAGUCCUGCUAUCAAAAGGUCUUUCAGUUGUCAGGUCAAAAAACACAACCCAAGGGGGACCCACUUGUGGGAGUUCAUCAGGGACAUUCUGCUGAACCCAGAGCGAAACCCAGGGCUAAUCAAGUGGGAGGAUCGGACAGAGGGGGUUUUCCGCUUCCUCAAGUCAGAGGCAGUGGCACAGUUAUGGGGCAAGAAGAAGAAUAACAGCAGCAUGACCUAUGAGAAACUAAGCCGUGCAAUGAGAUAUUACUACAAAAGAGAAAUCCUCGAGCGAGUAGACGGACGCAGACUGGUUUAUAAGUUUGGAAGGAACGCAAGAGGAUGGAGGGAGUCCGACAAGUGACAAUUUCAUUAAUUUAUUUUCUGUUUUGUCUUUGAUGUUGAUGUUGCAAGUGUGAUGUUUUAUUGUGGUUUUUUUAAGUGUGUUUGAUAAAGAUAUGUUUUUUUAAGUGUGUUUGAUAAAGAUAUGUUUGAACUGUUUACACUAUGUUAAUAUGUUUUGCACUAAAAUGCUAUUUACUGUGCCUUAUUAAAAUACAUUUAUAUUAUACCAGCACGACAGCUGUCAAAUUUUAAACGUGUGUGUUUCCCAAAAGCCCCAAAGGAGCACAUGUCAAUAGCACUUAAAACACAGGUG